ACAGUAUUAGGGGCAAACUGAAAACACCGCUACCAUGAAGCCGCAUGUCGCGGUGAUGGCCAGUGUUGGCUUGGGUCACCUCAUCCCUCUCUUUGAAUUCUCCAAGCGCCUUGUCCUUCAUCAUGACCUCCAGAUCAGCUUCCUCGUCAUCACCACCACCACCGAUGACUCCUCGUCAUCAGCCGCAAACGGCCAACUCCUCCAGCCUUCAAACCUCCCUCCCGAUCUCCGCCUCGUCCACCUUCCUCCUGUCGACGUUGAUAAAGUCACCAACAGUGAGAUGCAACUCUUAACCCGUAUCUGCACCAUCACAGAAGAGAGCCUCCGGUCCUUAAAAUCGGUCUUGGUGGAUAUAGGCAUCCCGAAGGCUCUUAUAGUGGAUAUCUUCUGCACACAGGCUUUCGAAGUUUGCCGUGAACUUUCAAUUCCCGCGUACUCAUUUAUCACUACCUCGGUUUCUUUCUUCGCCUUCUCCCUGUAUUUUGGGGAGCUUGACCGGACUGUUGAGGGUGAUUUGGCUGAUCUUCCUGAACCGAUUCAGGUCCCUGGUUGCAGUCCUGUACGAAUAGAAGACCUGCUAGAGCAGGUCCGUAUCAGAAAAAGUGAUCAAUAUACAUGGUUUUUGUUUCACACGAGCCGGUGGCGUUUGGCUGAUGGUAUAUUUUUGAACUCGUGGGAAGAUCUUGAACCGGUCCCCCUAAAAGCAAUAAGAGAGAAUCCAUUCUUCAAGAGUAUGAUACCGCCUGUUUAUCCAAUUGGACCGGUGAUUAAACAAGAGGAACAUGAUGAAUCAGCCACGGAAUACAUGUCAUGGCUAGAUGAGCAAUCACCGAACUCUGUUCUCUUUGUAGUGCUUGGUAGUGGUGGAACUUUGUCAGGGGAGCAGAUGACUGAGUUGGCUUGGGGUUUAGAACUGAGUCGGCAACGAUUCAUAUGGGUGGUACGUAAACCAACGGAAGCUUCUAGUUCAGGGACGUUUUUCAAUGUGGGCAGUGAUACAUAUAGCCCAGAGGAAUAUCUUCCCGAAGGGUUCCUGGAGAAGAUACGGGGAGUGGGAGUGGUGGUACCGUUGUGGGCUUCCCAAGCGGCCGUGCUCCGCCAUCCGUCAACAGGUGGGUUCGUAUCUCAUUGUGGAUGGAAUUCAACAUUGGAAAGUAUAGUUCACGGCGUGCCAAUUAUAGCAUGGCCUCUCUACGCGGAGCAAAAAAUGAACGCAACGGUGCUAGCGGAGGAUAUUGGAGUAGCCGUCAAACCGGAGGUGAAGGCGGGACAG